CCUCACACCUCAAACGCAAACCAAACAAACACCAGGGGUAUUUCCUAUAAUUCACACACAACCAUACGGUGUCGUUUCUUCCUUUUAUUCCUUUCCCGCACCAAACAAAAAAAAAAAAAGUUAACCCUAGCUUUUCCGUUUUCGUCUUUAGCCGCAUUUUUUUUCCGAUCUUGAUUUCUUUUCCUUUCUCCCUCGAUUCCUCCCCCAAUUUUGCCGCCAUCCCUCCAAUCGACCCGCCCUUCGCCUAUUUCUUCAUUUUCUGCGCCUACCGGUCCCAAUUUUGGCCUUAUCGCUUGACGGGAUCCGUUUUUAGGGUUUCCGUGGAGGAAUAUUCUGGAUCUGUUUUUCACCUUACGGGAUCUGGAAGGGGAAAUUUUUCUAUUCGAUUUGGGUUCUGGGUCUUUGUUGCCUCGUUCGUUUUCUGCGGUUUUUGUAAAUUAUUUUCGACGCAUGUUUGAUUUGGGUGCGAUCCUUCUGAAACCUGGUCUGGGUUGUUAGAUCUUGUGUCGGGUAAUUCGGUUCGGUUCGAAUCGUAAUACUUGUCCGUCGUUCUAGCUGGAUUUGGAAAGAUCUAGGGUUAGGGUUUUCUCAAAUUGGGGCUUUUUGUUGUUUUGCUUAAUUCCUUUAGGGAAACUUCGAUUCCUUGAACAAUUAGGAUUCUCCUGUUUGAUUACGUUCAAUUAGAGCUCUCAAUUGUCCGAUUCAGCCCUGCAUAUAAUUUGAAGGAGACUGGUGUAAGCCAGCAAUUGUGUACAGGUCAUUUGUUUUUAACACAGUACAACCUACUGGUGAAUGAAGUUCUGAAUUAAUUUUAGUAUUUAAGCAUGAUGAGUUUCCAUGGUCAGUGUCAAUUACUGAUAUAUGUUGAAGAUGUUUAAUUUAAUGUUUAGUAACAGUUUUGACCUUGUUUUUGUUUAAAAAUAUUCAAUGUUAUAUUGCAUGCAUCAUCCCUCAUUGUAAAUGGUUACAUCAUGAUCUUUUUGGCCUAUUUUUCUGGUUGUUAUAAGCUUUUAUUCUGAUUAAUAUCUGUUGUCUUAUUCUUUGUUGAAUCCUAGCCUGCAGGUAAUCAUGGUGCAGAAGCGUUCUUUUGAUGCUGAUGAAAUACUUGAGGGAUCUUUCAAACACCCAAAACAUGCAGGACCCAGCCAUGAGCUCUUUUCAUUAUCAGAAUCUGUCUUUCCCGAUGAUGAUUACCAUACCCAAAUGCCAAAACCUUCGGAGGAUGGCUGUACACAAGUUAGUAGUGAAGGUGUUGAGAAGGUCGAAAGUGGAAGUUUUGGUGAACUUGCUAUAGAGGCUGGGAACUCUGAAACAAGCUUUCCUGUUAUAGAUAUUCCUGCUUCUUCAUGGGCCACUAGUAGCACAGCUGAUGAUCUCCAUCUAGAACCACCCUUACAUCUUGCCCUUUUUCCAGAGUAUUUUAGUCCAGAGCGACCAAUAAGGACACUGACUCGCUAUGAGGACAUUUAUUCCAUACUUCUGGAACACUCUCCUCGCAAACCUGUAUCUGUUGGAGCUAAUCAUCAAGCCGAUGUUCCAGCUUGGGAUUUUUUGGGGGCCAGUAAUAGAUCAAAUGCCUCAGCUUCUGUUUCAGAUACAGACUUUACUGUUGGGGACAGGGAAGAAACUGAGGAAAGACUGUUGGGGACCUGUGUCAUUCCCUUGCCUCAAAUGGAAUUAUCUAGUAAUGACGAUGAAGUUGGCAAGGGAAGAACUGAGUGUGACUGUGAAGAUCAGGGAUCCAUGAGAUGUGUUAGACAACAUAUUGCAGAAGAAAGAGAUAAACUUGUAAAAACCUUUGGGCCUGAGAAAUUCACUGAAUUGGGCUUCACUAACAUGGGAGAACAAGUGGCAGAAAAAUGGAGUGCUGAGGAUGAGCAAUUAUUUCAUGAGGUUGUUUUCAAUAAUCCAGCAUCCCUUGACAAGAAUUUCUGGAACUAUCUUUCUAUUGCUUUUCCUUCACGAACCAAAAAGGAAAUAGUGAGUUACUACUUUAAUGUCUUUAUGCUUCGAAGGAGGGCAGAACAGAACAGGAAUGACCUAUUAAACAUUGACAGUGAUAAUGAUGAAUGGCAAGGUAGUGACAGCAAUGAUAUUGCAACUCGAGAGGAAGAUGAGGACUCUGUUGCUGAGUCCCCGGUAUGUCAAGAUGAGUCUUGUAUGGCUGACUGCCAAGAUAAUGAUUUGCAAACCUAUGAUGAGUAUGCUGCUGAUGAACCCUGUGAAGCUAAUGAAACAGUGGAUUUUAUUACUAGUAGGAACAUUGAUGAUGAUUCCAAAUACGAUCCUGUAGAAGAGAUGCCUCACUCUGGUGGUUCCCCUCUAAUUCAACCUCAGGAUCAACCUGUUUGGCAGGAUUCGUGUGAUGAAAAAGUUAAAGAUGAUUCAUGCACUUCUUCCGACGCAGGAGUUGCCUCACGGCAGACUAAGGUGAAUACGGAAAAUGGGGAUCAUUGGUGUGGUAACUAUAAUGGAGUAAGCAAUGGUUACAACCAAGGAUAUGUUUUGGAGCCUUGUGAUGCAAAAGUGUGGGAUACUGGCUUUGUGUCAUGCUCUAAGAAUAAGAUUGACUUUUUACCAACAUGCAACAUGAUAGAAGAGGUUUUUGGAGAUGGACGAAGGCAAGACAUGAGAAGAGCUUGAAGUGGAUCUCAGUUUGUCGAUUUUUCCUUUGUAUAUUUGACAUAAGAUUCAAAAAGUAGCCUUCAUUGUAAAAUAGUGUUUUGGAAGGUAAUUUAAUCUUUCUGAGUUAUGUCGUCUCA